CCCACGGCCAGAUCUUCAGAAUCACUUCAGUUUGAACAGUCCUGUUGGUAGGAGGUUCAAAACAGUCCCUCGAAGUGUACAAAAUGAAGGUCAUUGUCCUAGUACUCAGUGUUGCGUCUUUGGUGUGUGCUGGUCACCAGCAGGCGGGUUACCCGGCGAGUUACAGCAGUUCUUCUGGGGUCCAGUUGCACCCUCAGGGUUGGCAGGAUGAGGCCUCGAUCUCUACGGCAGGAUGGGCGCAGACCCAUAAGACCAUCUACCCACAACACGUUCCAGUCAUCCAUAAUGGUGUGCCAGUAGAAACUUCUGAGGUGCAAGCUGCCAAGGCUCACUUCUUCCACGAGUAUGCCAAGGCUGCUGCUUUGGCAGCUCAGAAACCUGAUCCUUUGGAUGGACAGUACGCUGGAGAUCACGGACACGAGAAAUAUCUACCAGUGAGCCAUGGUUGGACUGCUGAGAAGAGGGUAUCUUACGAACAACCCGCCCAGGGCUGGCAAAAUGCACAAGAAUACGUAGCAUACGACAACAACGCAUACGAUCACAGCGCAUACGACAACUCAGCAUACGUUAACACCGCUUAUGACCACAGUGCAUACGUACCAAUGGAUACCCCAGAAGUCAAACACGCCAAACAAUCCCACUUCCAGGCCUUCGCUGCUGCUUUAGCCCGUGCUUCAGCAGCCAAGAAACAACACCGUUAUAGAAGAUCAGCCAGCGAAUGGGCUCAACCAAAAUAUCAAGGACCAAUCCACGUACCCCACAUCACCGAUGAAGGUGUACCCGCUGACACUCCCGAAGUCCAGAAAGCAAAAUGGCUCCACCAACAAGCCCUAACUCAAGCUGCAGCUCUCGCCCACUCAUCUGGACAUGGCGAAGAAGAUCACAGUGCCUGGAAGGAAGAAAAAGGACAUGACGUUUACGGACCACCACAAUCUGCAGGUUGGCCAUCCACCCCAGUCCAUACCUCAUACAAUGUCCAUCACGACGAGACCCAGAAGUGGCACGGACCUGAACAUAUGCCAGUUUUGGACCACAAUGGUGUACCAAUCGACACACCCGAAGUGCAACACGCAAGGAAGGCACAUUUGGCAGCUUUGGCAGCCGAAUCUGAGAAACAUAAGGGUUGGCAACCGGAGCCAAAAUGGCAGCCAGAACAGAAAUGGUGAAGAUUAGACCUUGAGCGAUGAUGUGAUGUUUUCCUAGUCAAGAAGAACCGGAUUCGGUGGUUCUCAACUGUAGAUCUUCUAUGUCGUCUGUUUUGACAUAUAGACGGUCUGUGGUUGGGGUGCCAAAGCUUUUUUUUUAUAACUUAUUAUAUACUCCUUGUGCACUGAAUAAUGCCCUUCAUUGGAUUUUGUACGCUAGAUUUUGUAUCGAUUGAAAUUAAAAAUUAUAAAA